UAUCAUUCAUCGUUCAUCGAUUUAUUCAUUAGGAUCGUAGAAGAAAGUUUUUUUUAUGUAUGGGUUUUUGCUCCACUUCUCUUCUGUUGAAGAAAGGUUGGACCUUUUUUUUGAUUGUUUGUUUAUUGAAAUAGUAGUUAGUGUGUAAGCACCGUAUAGCCCCUUGCAUCUUCGAGUUUUUAUAGAUGCAAGGAACAAAUUCGAGAAAAGGGUACUCAAUUGGUGCAAUAUAUUGGCGUUUACGUUUCCUUGUUGUUGGGGAUGUUCAGUAGUUGAGCUUCUCAGAAAUGCGCAUUGGCCAAUAAGUAGAAUUACUUUUUAGUGCUGUUAGUUUAUUUAAAAUUCGUUACAUAGUGUUUGUUGAUUGGAUUUGGAAGGGAACAGAGCAUGAUGAUGAGAAAAUUAGCCUCUGAAUUCAUAAUUCAUGUUGAUAUAAUUAUUAUACAACCUUCAAAGUUCUCUGAAUUGCUCUGUUUCCUAUAUUUUUUUCGAUACGUUUUUGUUUUGCGUUCAAUUGAGUUGUUUGUUGUUUUUCCUGAGAAUGAUUCAAGUUUGAUCAGCACCUAAGAAAAUCAUAGUCUGUUUUAACAGAUAUAAUGUUUCAGACUACACGAGCAUGGUGCUAUAUGAAGUUUCUUCUAUGAGUUUUUAUCAUGCCAUAUUUAGCAGUCUGCUUUGAUAUAUGGCUUUAGCUUUUGAAGAUAUAUUUGUUUGUUUUUGGUAAUUUAACUCUGUAUGAAGCCGAUUGAAUCUCUUGUUCUAUAGUACAAUGUAGUUGAAUCUAAAAGUUAUGUGGUAGUUGAUAUGUUACGUUAAUAAAUGAGCACAAUCGAGAUGGAAGAGUAGUGCACAAACAAAGAUGCCUUGAAUUUGACAUUGUAUUUAAAGACCCAUUGUUUUAGACCCAGAGAAUAAAAACGCAUGAUCAAGAGAUGGCCAAUGGCUAUAUUGAUUCUUUUUGGGGAUGUAGUCAAGAGACCCUACUGAAUUGUGAAGGGUGCUCUAAAGUCAGUGAUUUGUGUCGUGUAGUAUUAGUUUCCAGGGAGGAUUGGUUUGGAACUGGAUCUGUCAUGGCUGAGAGGUUGAGUAUUAGUAUUAGAUUCAAAGAGUAUUGGUUUGGUUUGGAAUUGUAUCUGUCAUGCCUGAGAGUCGAAGUAUGAUUUGGUUUUGAUACGUGUAGCUAUCUUUCUGCAGUAUAGAUUAGGUUGGAAAAAAAACAAGCUUUAGUGCUGUUCACAUGAUACAGUUUAGCUUUCUGAUUAGGUGAAAGUGCUGCAGCAUUGGGAUAGAGAAGAUAGACAUAGCCUUGAGAUAGUUCUGGAUGUAAUCAAUGGUUAUCGAUUUGUUGAAAUGACGCUGGUUCUGCACAGAAAUGAGGUUGCUAGUAGCUGGGGAUCCAAGCUGAAUGUUGUAACCGGUGCUUGAGAUCCUUGGUUUGGCUGAGUGAUACGGAAGAAGAAGAAGAAGAAGAAGAAGAUGUGCUUUAUUAAUCAGAUGAUUUGAAUGGCUAGAGAAAAAAUGUAGUGGACUAGUUUUGAAUUCAGAUUGAAGUGGUAUUCGAUAAAGACUAUAUCGUGACUACUGUUAUCUAUUGGAUACUAUAAAACAUUCAUUCAAACCAAUAUUCUUUGAAACAUUUGCAAGUGAAACCAAGACAUGCUACUAAUGUACCUUUAGUUACAUGAAAAAUUUGUGUGCUGUGAGUAUUGGUUUCGUUCCUCUGUUGGGCCCUAACCAACAAAAUUUUGUUACUACGACUGGUCCAACACCAAAAUCCAAAAGGAUACGAAGAGAUAUGACAUCUUUUUCCCACCUUAUAAUUUUGUUACUCACAGAAACUGAUACUUCUUUUUGUGGUCCUUGCUCGGUUCAACUGCAAUGGCUUCCUCCCAAGCUGCACUCUCUGCGUUGCCUCUUGCUGAUCGAAAUUUCCGUAAAAAGCCUUCUUCGUCUUCAAAUUUCGUCUUUAGAGCAAGAGCUGCUGCAAAACAAGUUCACUUUAACCGUGAUGGCUCUGUCACCAAGAAGCUUCAGGCAGGUGCAGAUAUGGUGGCUAAGCUAUUGGGCGUGACAUUGGGUCCUAAGGGACGAAACGUGGUGUUGCCGAACAAGUACGGACCUCCCAAGAUCGUCAAUGACGGUGAAACAGUUCUCAAAGAGAUUGAAUUAGAGGACCCUUUAGAGAAUGUUGGAGUGAAACUUGUGAGACAAGCGGGUGCUAAGACUAAUGACCUUGCUGGUGAUGGUUCCACUACAUCUAUAAUUCUUGCUCAUGGCCUUAUUACUGAAGGUAUUAAGGUGGUUUCUGCUGGAAUAAAUCCUAUUCAAGUUGCCCGCGGUAUUGAGAAAACCGCAAAAGCUCUUGUUUUAGAGCUCAAGUCAAUGUCCAGAGAGAUUGAAGAUCAUGAGCUUGCUGAUGUUGCAGCAGUUAGUGCGGGGAAUGACUACGAAGUGGGAAACAUGAUUUCCAAUGCUUUUCAACAAGUAGGGAGGGCUGCUGUAGUAACAAUAGAGAAAGGAAGAUACCUUGUGAACAAUCUUGAGAUUGUGGAAGGAAUGCAGUUUAAUCGUGGUUAUUUAUCGCAAUACUUUGUCACUGAUCGAAGGAAGAGGGAAGCUGAAUUCCAUGACUGCAAGCUGCUUUUGGUUGACAAGAAAAUAACAAAUCCAAAAGAUAUGUUCAAGAUAUUGGAUGCUGCUGUUAAAGAGGAGUUUCCAGUUCUUAUAGUUGCCGAAGAUAUCGAACAAGACGCUCUUGCUCCUGUUAUUAGGAACAAACUAAAAGGUAACUUGAAGGUUGCAGCCAUUAAAGCUCCUGCCUUUGGAGAGCGCAAGAGUCACUGCUUAGAUGAUCUUGCAAUCUUUACUGGAGCUACCGUGAUCAGAGAUGAGAUGGGACUGAGCUUAGAAAAGGCUGGAAAGGAGGUCUUAGGAACAGCAAAAAGGGUUCUUGUUACUAAAGAUUCAACACUGAUUGUUACAAAUGGAGACACCCAGAAAGCAGUUGACGAAAGGGUUUCUCAGAUUAAAAAUCUUAUCCAGAACACCGAGGAGAGUUUUCAGAAGAAGAUCCUCAAUGAAAGAGUAGCGAGAUUAUCUGGUGGAAUUGCAAUAAUCCAGGUAGGUGCACAGACACAAGUUGAGUUGAAGGAUAAACAGCUAAAAGUUGAAGAUGCCCUGAAUGCAACUAAGUCAGCAAUUGAAGAAGGGAUUGUAGUUGGUGGUGGUUGCGCCCUCUUGCGACUGGCUUCAAAAGUGGACAAAAUCAAAGAUACCCUUGACAACUCGGAACAGAAGAUUGGAGCUGAAAUAUUCAAGAAAGCGUUGAGCUACCCCAUAAGACUCAUAGCCAAAAACGCAGGCACAAAUGGAAAUAUCGUCAUAGAAAAGGUGUUAUCGAACAAAAACACUAUGUACGGUUACAAUGCUGCAAAGAAUCAAUAUGAAGAUCUGAUGUUGGCUGGUAUAAUCGAUCCAACCAAGGUUGUAAGAUGUUGCUUGGAACACGCUGCAUCAGUGGCUCAAACCUUUCUGACAUCGGAUUGUGUUGUAGUUGAGAUCAAAGAAAUCAAACCCAGACCAAUCAUUAAUCCACCAUUGCCUACUUCUCCUCCAGCUACCUCCUCCAUGUUCCCUGACAGAAAACUGCCAAGAUUUCCUCAAAUUACGCCAAGAACUCGAAGCCACUUUCCAAGAAAGUAGGAAACAGUCGUAGAAAACUGUCUUUACUUUAGAAAAAUACAUUAACAUGGGAAGUCACAUACUCACAUUUAAUGUUAUCUCCAAACAUUACUCAACGUGUAUAUAUAUCUAUCUGUGUACGUAUAUGUAUACACGAGGGUGCUCUGAUAUUGCGCUAAAUGUCAUAAGCUCUGGUCAUCUCAUAAACGUGUCAAUGCGAGGCUUUCACUUUCUUCAUUGAAUCAUUUGUAACUUUAUCCUCUAAACAACGUAAGCUGAUAAAACUUCAAUAGAAAAGACGAAGAUGAUGCUCAUAAGCUUGCAGACGGCAAUGGAUCUGAUCGUCGCCGGAAUCUCUCUGAUGGUCGGAUUAGGGUUCUUCGCUCUCAUCGCUUCAAUCCUCUGCUCCGUCGCCUUCUUCCACCAUGCCAAAGCCGCUUCUUCUUGACCAUCAAAAAAUCCGUAGAGAGAAUUGAACAAACUAAGGAAGACGAAGAGCUCAAGCUUGUACAACAACAAAGUGUAGUUUAAAAGACGUUGUAAUCUGUAGAAUUUACGAAAUUAAAAUUUAUAAAGUUUCCAA